AUAGGUAUGCUUGCCCAUGGGAAUGCAUGUACAUGCCUGAAGAGGAUUUUGAGUAUCCUGUCUGCCUUAUUCCUUUAAGACAGGGACUUUCACUGAACUGGAAGCUUACUGUUUUUGCUAGGUUAGCUGCUGGUCAGUAAGCUCCUAGAACCUGCCUGUUUCUACCACACAUUGCUGGGGUCACAGGUAAACACCGCCUUGUUUGGUUUUUUACAUGGGUGCUGGAGAUUCAGUCUGAGGUUCUCACACUUGUACAGCAAACAUUUCUGCCUACUGAGCCAUCUUCCCAGCUCCUGGCUUCAAUUUUAAAGCACCUUUUUGAGUUAAGACAACAAAUGAACUGCUAUGAACAGAGGUUUUGAAUGGUGAUAUACACUCACUUCUUCCCUUUCUAAGUGAUAGGGCUUGACGUCCCAUCCUUGCUGAUCCCAAACUCAGGGUCUGUUGGUCUGCCUUUGUUUUGCAAGUACCUACAACUUGUAGAGCAUGGCUCUUUACCCAGUAUCCUAUUUUUUUAAAUAGUAAAUUUUAUUUUUUAAGAUUUAUUUAUUGUGUAUACAAUGUUUCUAUUGCCUGUAUACCUCCAUACCAGAGAGGACACCGGAUCUCAUUACAGAUGGUUGAGAGCCACCAUGUGGUUGCUGGAAAUUGAACUCAGGACCUCAGGAAGAGCAGUCAGUGCUCUUAACCUCUGAACCAUCUCUCCAGCCCAAUGUUAAAUCUAUUAUACUUAAAACAUUAAAAGUUUUCUUUGGGGGAAAUUUCAUUAUUUUAAGAACUAUUAAUCAGGCUGUUUUUAGUCUUGUGUAGAUUUUGAGCUACUUGUUAUAUGUUUUCAGUCAAUUCUAAACUGGCCAGUGUCUUCACAUGUUAAAAAAGGUUUUAUUUGACUAUAUAAUUCUUUGAGAAUCAUUUUUAUUAGGUGAAAAGAUUGACUCAUAGGAAACUGUGUUUGAAGGAUUGUGUUACUUGAUCUCAUCUGGACUCUUCCCUAGACGACACUGCCGAUGGGGUGAAGAUGGACGCUGGAGAAGUGACUUUAGUGAACCGCAACUCCACCUUCAAGACCCAUCUCCUGCCACAGUCACACUUUCCCAAGGACCAGCUUUCACUUUCUGACCAGCAGAUCCUGCCGUCUAGGCAGGGGACUUUGGACCGACCUUCCUCAUGUUCUACAAGAAGUGCAGCUUAUAAUCCAGAUUACUAUUCAGGAUUCUUUGUCAGCAAGAUGAGAUCUCCUCCCCUAAAAAGACAUAACCCCUCCUCAGACAGUUUCCUUGGCUCAGAUGACACAGGAACCUUUGGUCAAAGUGCAAAUGGACAGUGGAGAAACUCCACUCCAGCACCAGUCUCAACAUUACAAAAGUCCAGAAAUAGCCGAAGUCUUUACCUCGAAACCCGGAAGACCUCAAGUGGGUUAUCAAACACCUUUACAGGAAAGUCAAAUCAUCACUGCCAUGUGUCUGCAUAUGAAAAGUCAUUUCCAAUUAAGCCUGUCCCAAGUCCAUCCUGGAGUGGUUCAUGUCGUCGAAGUAUUUUAAGCCCUAAGAAAAUUCAGAGGCGACAUUUCAGCACAGCCGAAGAGACAGUUAAAGAAGGAGAAAAAGAGAUCUACAGGCAGCUGUUGCAGAUGGUCACGGGGAAACAGUUCUCUGUAGCCAAGCCCACCACACAUUUUCCUUUGCACCUAUCUCGGUGUCUUAGUUUCAGUAAGAACUCUUUGAAAGACUCACUGUUGAGAAAUGGAAACUCUUGUGCAUCUCAUGCAGUCGGCUCUGAUUCUUCAUCCUCUGGAUCAGCCAGCAUUCUAACUACGCAGGAUCGGUUGUCCCAUAAUGCGCGUUCCCUGUCGUCCUGUACCCCAGAUGUUGCAUUUGGAUCCAAAGACUCUGAUCCGUACCAUCAGCCUCACCAUCACCUCUCUGCUCCUCAGCAGCCAGAUAACUUGCCGACACCCAACACACAGUCUGAAGGAUCAGACUCUGUGAUUUUACUCAAAGUGAAAGAAUCUCAAACUCCAGCUUCCAGUCCUACUUUCUUCCAGGCAGAGCUGUGGAUCAAAGAAUUAACUAGUGUUUAUGAUUCUCGAGCCCGGGAAAGAUUGCGCCAGAUUGAAGAACAGAAAGCACUGGCACUGCAGCUUCAAAACCAGAGACUGCAGGAGCAGGAACAUGCAGUACUUGAUUCCAUAGAACUGCACCUUCGUGUACCUCUUGAAAAGGAGAUUCCUGUCACAGUCGCCCAGGAAACGGGGAAAAAAAGUCAUGAGCUAACUGAUAGUGAAAACGAAUUUCCUGAAAUUACAGAGGAAAUGGAGAAAGAAAUAAAGAAUGUAUUUCGUAAUGGUAACCAGGAUGAAGUCCUCAGUGAAGCGUUCCGCUUGACCAUUACACGCAAAGAUAUUCAAACUCUAAACCAUCUAAACUGGCUCAAUGAUGAGAUCAUCAAUUUCUACAUGAAUAUGCUGAUGGAGCGCAGUAAAGAGAAGGGAUUUCCAAGUGUACAUGCGUUUAAUACCUUUUUCUUCACUAAGCUAAAAACAGCUGGUUAUCAGGCGGUGAAGCGUUGGACAAAGAAAGUGGAUGUGUUUUCUGUUGACAUUCUUCUGGUGCCCAUUCACUUGGGUGUGCACUGGUGUCUAGCUGUCAUAGACUUUAGAAAGAAGAGUGUCACCUACUACGAUUCUAUGGGUGGAAUAAACAAUGAGGCCUGCAGGAUCCUCCUGCAAUACCUAAAGCAAGAAAGUGUUGACAAGAAAAGGAAAGAGUUUGACACCAAUGGCUGGCAACUCUUCAGCAAGAAGAGCCAGGAAAUUCCACAGCAGAUGAAUGGAAGUGACUGUGGGAUGUUUGCUUGCAAAUAUGCUGACUGUAUUACCAAAGACAGACCAAUCAACUUCACACAGCAACACAUGCCAUAUUUCCGGAAGCGAAUGGUCUGGGAGAUCCUCCAUCGGAAGCUCUUGUGAAGACUGUCUCAGAGAGCAGACAUGAUAGUGUGGGGGACCAGCCCUCUGCCAUCUACAGCCAGAGACCUUGGAUCAGCUGCUCCUCACCCUGUUCAUGUGCAACCCAGGCGAGACGCACUCACAAGCACAUCUGCCUUUCCUUUUGUAUCUCAGAUACUAUUUUUGCAAAGAAACUUUGGUGCUGUGAAAGGGGUGAGGGACAUCCCUAAGCUGGAGAGAGACUGCUUUUCACCUCAGUUCUGCCGUCUUGUUUCCAAAGGGCUCCAGCCUCACUGAGUCCCUAAUUAGGAGCCCAAGGAAAACUUGGGAAGAAUCUUGGUUUCUUAUAAACUCUGGUUGCUAGGCCUUAUCAAGAAGUAAGAAAGAGCGUGGACAGCAAGUAGGGGUAGGGAUAAAAACCACCAGCACGUAGACAUACACAUGAUUCCCAAGAUGCAGAGUUAGGAAUGGGAGCAUAAACUGGACUUUGAGGCACAAGCCUAAGUACCCUCCUCCAGAACCCUUCCUAUUUAUAUGCCCUGAUGUGAAGCCCAACUGCUUGUCCUCAAAGCUGUUUUAUCACUGGUAGUAUCAUCCCAUUCUGAGCAUAGUGCACAAGCCCUGGCAGACUCUAAAGUCGCAAGCAGUCCUUUCCUUACAAGCAGGGGUUCGCAUGUGCUAGCGCAUGUGCUGUGGGGAGGACCCACCCAGAAGUGCUGAGUGGAGCACACUGUUGCCUCCUUCUGACUAAGAAGAAGGAAUACCAGAGUUGGAUGAAUACAGGUCUAGUUGGUCUGUGGCUAGUUAGUUUAAAGAUGUUUCUAACCACAGAGAAUUUUAUAUAUAUAUAUAUAUACCUAUCUAUAUGUGUGUGUGUACAUGCGUAUAUACACAUACACACAUGUGAAGUAUAUAUUUCAUAGGGAUGUGCUUUUAAAAGAAAAAAGACUGAAUGUGUUCACCAUUUAGUCUGUAGGUUUAUUUUCAUCUUUCAAAUUCCAGCAUACAGUGAUUCCUACCAACUGCUACGUUAUCAGGUGUUUAUAGACUUCCUAAGAGUAUUUUAAGAACUGAAUGAAUUUUGGCUUAAGAGUCAAGGUUAUCAAAGUAGACGGCAUUUUCAACUAAAAACGGGUGGAGUUUAGGUUGAUAAGCCUGAGAUUUUGAAACUGCUACUCCUUUUGUUCUUUCUAGCAUCUCUUCCACCCUCUGAGAGCGCCCAAGGUUUAGAUGGUGAAAUGAUCCUAUGCCAGUGUCCUUUUGUACUGACGUUCCAGAACUAGAACAUUUUAUACUUUUUCUGUAUUGUAAUAGGUAGUUUUAUAUAUAAAAAUCUUUUCUCCUCUUCCCCAUCCAUGUGUCCCAUUCUUCCCAGCAUUGUGCUUCUUCCUUGGGCUUAUUUGAAGAUUUUACUCUGUUUUAUACCAAGCUCAUUUAGUACAUUUUUCUAUGUUUACCACAGGUUACAAUCUGAAAACAACUAUUUUUUUUUAAUAUUCCAUUGUUAAACUGAGUGUUACCGUUUCCACUCCAGCCACCAGUGCCCUCCCUCUUCCUUGUUCCCUGCAUGUUGGAGGAAGAAACCCCCUUUGUACAUUUAUGUUUCCUUCUUGCUAUUCCUCUUUUCCUUCUCCCCUCCCUUUCUUUUUCUUUUAUUUUUCCAUAGGAAAUAAAUAGCUUUCUGUAUAUGAGUCGCUGGGACCUUUCACACUCUUUUAGAAAACUGUGGUGAUAUGCAGCCUCACUGCAGGACUCCUGGAAUAUUGUCUGAUUCUUGGUACUUACUGUAGUUAAAGUGACAGCUGACUCGGUGGCACCUUGAACUA